UAUUCGUCUUUCCUUCUCUUCGUACUUCUCUUCCUCUUGAUAUUUGACAUUUAAAACAAUAUUUGCCCUCUUUGCCUUGUCAACAAUCCCACUAGUUAUCAAACAAUUUCGCACUGAUCAUUGUCUCAUAUCCGCCUCUAACCAGUAUCUUCACAUUUCACGAUGGAGGCUCAGAUCCCAAAACAAGAGUUUUCUAUAAGAAAGCUAGGCACGAAAAGCGUCACGUUGUAUCCUACCAAAGCUCAAAUCGUCCGCAAUGUUAAUGGCGUCUCGUUGAAGCCUGGCCCAAACCAAGUUACCAUCAUCGGGUUGACUCCUACCUGUGAUGAGCAUUCCAUCAAGGUUGAUGGAACUGGAGCGGCUACCAUCACUGAUCUCACCGUUGAGCUGGUGCCAAACCCGGAAGUCUACGCUGAUAUCUACCCCGACGAAGAUGAGUCUGACAAUGAGACGUCAGAGGAGGAGUCCGAUGCUGAGGCGGAGAAGGUGACUGGUCGGCUGAAGGAGGUUGCUGACGAAACGGCAAAGCUUGAGAAUGAAGCCGAGCAGCAAUAUGAAAUCCAAAAUAACGUCUCCAGGCGGUUGACCAUGGUUGAUUUGUAUCUCACAAACCAAGCUUGCGCCAAGAACGCAAUCAAUCUGAGCGAGGUAACUGAUGGUUAUCGUGAUGAGCGAGCAAAGAUUUUUGCGGAGAAGACUACUGCGGAUAAGAGAAUUCAGGAAAUCGGGACGAGACUUGGUGAAUUGGCCAAAGAGCAGCAUCGGCUCACUCGAGAGUCGCGAAAGGCGAAGGCGAAGGCAGAAAAGGAGAAGGCUAAGGCGAGAGAGAAGGAAGAGCGCAAGAGGCGUGAAAAGGCAGAAGAGAAAGCCAGGAUCCGCAAAGAGCGAGUCAAAUUUUGGCCAAAGAAGGUAUUCAAAAUUACAAUCAGCCUCGAAGCGCCUUCUGGAUUUACGCCGGCUUCAUCAAGACGCAGCUCCAUCGAUAGCACGGUCAAAGUUCCGGAAGUCACUAAAUCCGAUGAUUCAUUUGAUACGGCAGAGAUCAAUCUUUUACUUUCCUAUAUCACAUAUUCUGCGUCAUGGACCCCACGAUACGAUCUGAGUCUCAAUACAGUCACCAAUACGGGAACGCUCGACUAUUCUGCUGAGCUCACCAAUGUGACAUCUGAGACCUGGCGUGAUGCCAAGGUCGUUCUCUCGACCUCGCAAUCCUCUUACCAAGGGCUGUCGGAUACCAUCCCUACGCUACAGCCAUGGCACAUUCGUCUCGUCAGGGGCGAUGGGUACCAUGGCUAUAACGCCGCUCUCCAAUCAAGCGACGAGAUAAACCAAGCCCACCAAACCCGCAAAGAGCUCCCACCACAGGUCUACCAACCCCGAAAUGAGCUGUUUGGAAUCGACCGCGAUGUUGUGCCUCUUGCAAAACAUGCUUUCAGACCGCCGCAAGACGUCCACUAUGAAGCUGCUUCAGAGGCACGGAGGUUGAGAAGUUCUGCACCUCCACAACACCCCGCCCCAAUGGCUAUGGCCUCGCUGGCAGCUCCAACGACUAGAGGUUUUGGUAGCAUGCCACCACCGCCACCAGGAGCUGCUCCAUCAGGAUUAUUCAGCUCGUCGUCCAAGAAAAAGCAGGUGUCGCGCAGAGGCUUCGGGGGGCAGGCACAUGGAGGAGGAGGCGCGGAAGAGUACGAGAACGAAGAUGAGGAGGAGGGCGGUUAUUAUGCCGAUGAUGCUGAUGGCGCGACUCUUGGGGGAAUUAUCGAACCUGCCCUCUUGUUCGAGGAGAGCAGCUUCGAGGAGUCAGGCCUAACAACCACCUACGACCUCCCGAGCUUGAAGACCCUCUCGCCCGUCAGCACAGCAACUAAGCAUAAGAUCGCCCGCGUGGAGUUCAAGGCCGUGGUAUUCAGCCACAUUGUAGUGCCCAAGUUGCGCGCUGAUGCGUUCCUCAAAGCCAAGCUGCGUAACACCUCGAAGAUCACCCUCCUGAAGGGCAGCGCCGGUCUGACCGUCGACGGGUCCUUCUUGGGCCAGUCAACAAUCCCACGCUGCACCGCCGGCGACUCCUUCACGCUCAACCUCGGCGUCGACCCCGCCGUCACAGUGGGAUACUCUCGUCCUUCCGUCCAGCGCUCCUCGAGCGGUCUCUUUACAAAGGAGAACUGCGAGGUUUUCACCCGCGUCGCCACGCUCACUAAUACCAAGAGCAACACCAUCGUGGAACUCACGCUUCUAGAGCAGGUGCCUAUUAGCGAGGAAGAGCGUCUGAAGAUCGAGAUCAUGACGCCGAGGGGGUUGCGGAUUGGCGGCGAUGCGGUGUUGGCUGGGGCGCCGAAGGAUGGGGAUAAACCGAGGGAGAGUAUUGGUUCGCUGGCGGCGGGGAAGAGCGCAUUGGGCGCGGUGAGGGCGGGUGUUUAUGGGAAGGAUAGUAAGUGGGGAUCUGCGGUUGCGACGGCGAAGAAGGGCGGGGAGAUCAACUUUAAUGUCAAGAUUAACCCUGGGAGAGGGUGCAAGUUGAUCUUGGAGUAUGAGGCGACAUACCCUGGAGGAGAGUCGGUUGUUAGUGCUUAGGUGGAAAGAUGGGGUAUGUGUUGGGGGCUGGAUUCGGAUAAUCGGAUGGGAUGUUAUUUUCGACGAUGUAUUACGCCGUUAGUGGCUUGUUCUCAAAGUCCUUAUUUACUUUAGAUAAAUUAAAAUUGCCCUCGCUGAUAACUUGGGCGGGAUGUUCC